AUGUAUGGAAAACCGGUUGUGGUUUACGAAGGAGAAAGGGUGCUGGGAGAGGUGGUAGUGUAUCCAACACAGUCACAAGACGGUGUCGUAUGGGGGGAGCGUCUUAAGGAAAUUCGGAUAUCUCACUAUUCACAACCCAGUGAGAGGUGCCCACCACUGGCAGUGCUUCAUACCAUAACGUCCACCGGAAUUGCCUUCAAAUUGGAGUCGUCACAGUCACCACAACAUCAGGACUCACAGCUUUCGGUUUUGCAUGCAACAUGUAUCAGAGAUAACAAGACUGCAGUUUUGUCACUUGAAGGAGAGGAGCUUCAUUUAGUUGCCAUGCAUUCUCGGAAGUUUGAAGGACAGGUCUCUUGCUUUUGGGGGUUCAAUGUACCAUCUGGACUUUACGAUUCUUGCCUUGUCAUGCUGAAUCUUAGAUGCCUUGGCAUUGUAUUUGAUCUCGACGAAACACUUAUAGUUGCAAAUACAAUGCGGUCAUUUGAGGAUAGAAUAGAGGCCUUACUGCGAAAAAUAAAUUCUGAAUCUGAUCCACAGCGCGUUGCUGGUAUGAUGGCUGAGUUUAAGCGUUAUCAAGAUGACAAAAGUAUUUUGAAGCAAUAUGCUGAAAAUGAUCAGGUAAUUGAUAAUGGGAAGGCAAUCAAAUCGCAGUCUGAAUUGGUUCCAGCUUUGUCAGACAAUCAUCAACCUAUUGCUCGACCCCUUAUACGCCUGCAAGAUAAAAACAUUAUUCUCACUCGCAUUAAUCCUCUGAUACGUGAUACUAGUGUCCUUGUUAGGUUGAGGCCUGCAUGGGAGGAUCUUAGAAGCUACUUAACUGCUAGAGGUCGAAAAAGAUUCGAGGUUUUUGUUUGCACAAUGGCUGAAAGAGAUUACGCAUUAGAAAUGUGGAGGCUUCUUGAUCCAGAAUCAAAUUUGAUAGACUCCAAAGAGCUGUUGGAGCGUAUUGUUUGUGUCAAGGCUGGCUGUAAGAAAUCACUAUUCAACGUUUUCCAAGAUGGAAAUUGUCAUCCUAAGAUGGCAUUAGUGAUUGAUGAUCGUUUAAAAGUGUGGGAUGAGAAAGAUCAGCCUCGAGUGCACGUUGUUCCUGCAUUUGCUCCAUAUUAUGCCCCUCAAGCUGAAGCCAAUAACACAGUCCCUGUCCUAUGUGUUGCGAGAAAUGUAGCUUGCAAUGUUAGAGGUGGUUUUUUCAAGGAAUUCGACGAAGGUCUCUUGCAACGGAUGUCCGGAGUUGCAUAUGAAGAUGAUAUUAAAGAAGUUCCUUCUCCGCCAGAUGUGAGCAACUAUUUGAUUUCGGAGGACGAUCCUUCUGUUUCUAGUGGAAAUAAAGAUUCAAUUGGUUUCGAUGGCAUGUCGGAUGCUGAGGUGGAAAGGAGGCUACUAAAGGAGGCAAGUUCAGCUUCUUCAACUGCCCCCAUGACAAUGACAAGUAUAGAUCCAAGAAUUGCUUCAGCUCUCCAGAGUAUUUUACCUGCUUCUUCUUUCUCAGUCCCAGCAACAACUAUGCAAGGGCCAGCUACAUCUUUUCCCAAUCAGCAAUUAUCUCAACUGACGACACUACUUAAACCACAAUUAGCUCAACGUGGCCCAGCAGAAACAACCUUGCAAAACUCUCCUGCAAGGGAAGAGGGUGAGGUACCAGAAUCUGAAUUAGAUCCUGAUACGAGGAGGAGACUACUCAUUUUGCAACAUGGUCAAGACACAAGAGACCAAGCACCAGUUGAACCUCAAUUUCCUGCACGACCUUCCAUGCAAGUCUCAGUUCCAAGGGUUCAGGCACAUGGUUGGUUACCUGUCGAAGAAGAGAUGAGUCCGAGGCAACUAAACCAAGUGACACCACCUAAGGAAAUUCCAGCGAUUCCCGAGUCUAUUCCUAUCGACAAGCAUCGGCCUCACCAUACACCGUUUAUCCAUAAAGUGGAGAGUUCAGUCCCACCCGGUAGAGUUCUUCUCGAAAGCCAAAGGUUGCCAAAGGAGGCACUGCCAAGGGAGGAACCAUUAAGGUUAAACCAGUCACUGCCUAAAUUUCAUUCCUUGUCUGGUGAGGAUGCUCCAAUAGUUCAUCCAUCUUCAGGAAACAAGGAUCUUGACCUUGAAGCUGGGCAAAUAGAUCCCUACCCAGAAACGCCUGUAGGAGCUUUACAGGAUAUUGCGUUUAAGUGUGGAACAAAGGUGGAGUUCAGGCACGGUCUUGUCCCAAGCUUGGAACUACUGUUCUCCGUAGAGGUUUUAUUUGCGGGACAAAAAAUUGGUGAAGGAAUAGGUAGAACAAGAAGGGAAGCGCAGAAUGAGGCUGCUCAGGGAUCUCUUAUGAACUUGGCUGAUAAAUAUUUGUCGCGUAAGCCUGAUUCUAGUUCCCUGCCUGGGGAUUGGAGUAGAUUUGCUAAUCCAAACGAUAAUGGUUUUAUUGGUGCUGUCAACCCUUUUGGGUAUCAUCCAUUGCCUAAAGAGGAGUCUGCUUCUUUUGCAAUGGCUUCAGAGUCACCCAGGAUUCUGGACCCAAGACUGGAGGCUUCCAAGAAGUCUAUGGGUUCAAUCGCGGAGCUUAAAGAACUGUGCAUGAUGCAGGGCCUUGGUGUAGCAUUCCAAACUCAACCUCAAUUUUCUGCAAAUCCAGGCCAGAAAAACGAAGUAUAUGCGCAGGUUGAAAUUGAUGGACAGGUAUUAGGCAAGGGAAUUGGACUAACAGGGGAUGAAGCUAAGACACAGGCUGCUGAAAAGGCUCUUGGAACCUUGAGAUCCAUGCCCAGUCAGCUUUCUUACAAACAUCAGGAUUCUCCAAGGUCAUUGCAGGGGAUGCCAAACAAAAGGUUUAAACCAGAGUUUUCUCGAUCUUUGCAAAGGAUGCCAUCAUCUGCAAGAUAUCCCAAAAAUGCUUCUCCAGUGCCUUGA